AUGUCGGCCUCACCACUAGUUGUGCGUGCGACCGAUGCUCUGAAGCCGGCAGGUUCAAUCGGUUCGCCAUUCAGAACCGUCUCGUCCGCGCAAGCUUCCAACAAUGGCACCCCUCAACCGCCAAAGGACAAGAACGCACCUGCGUCUUUGCCUCCGACUCUCGACCUCGCCGAGCAGAUGAACGAGGAGGAGAAGCGCAAAUAUGUCAAGGGCAAGAAGCUAGGUGAAGGUACCUACGCCAUCGUCUUCCUCGGUUACCUUCGCUCCAACAAGUCCUCUCUCGUCGCCAUCAAGAAGAUCAAAGUCCAGAAAGAAUACCAAGAAGGCAUGGCCCCCGACGCCGUCCGCGAACUCAAACACCUCCAAGAACUCCAACAUCCGAACAUCAUCUCUUUGCUCUCCGUCUUUUCCUCAAAGGAUCAGAAUCUCAACCUCGUCCUCGAAUAUCUACCUCUCGGUGACCUCGAGAUGCUCAUCAAGGACACCCAGAACGUCCGGUACGGUGCCGCAGAUAUCAAGGCGUGGAUGGGCAUGCUCACCCGCGCCGUCUGGUUCUGCCACGAGAACUUUGUGCUGCAUCGCGAUAUCAAGCCCAACAACUUGUUGAUUGCCGCCGACGGCGAGGUCAAGCUUGCCGAUUUCGGUCUCGCGAGGGGCUUUGCGGAUCCGCACCAGGUGAUGACCAACCAGGUCAUCACUCGUUGGUACCGUCCUCCCGAGUUGCUCUUCGGCGCGAAGCACUACAGCGGCGCCGUUGAUGUCUGGAGCGUGGGAUGCGUGUUCGCGGAGCUCAUUAUCCGCGCACCGUACAUGCCCUCCGAGACAGAGGUCCAGCAGAUCUCUCUCAUUUGCCGUGCCGUCGGUACCCCGACAGAAGAUAACUGGCCCGGCGUCACCAAGUUGCCGGCCUACACGGUCCCAGACGACGGCGAGCCCGUCAAGGGCAGGGACUUCUACCAGACCAUGUUUGGCACAGUUGGGUCUGAGGGCGUGGAUUUGCUGAUGAAGACACUCAUCCUCGACCCCAAGAAGCGCAUCACGGCUAAGGACAUGCUACGACACAACUGGUGGCGCACAGAGCCCAAGCCCUCCCGCAAGGAGGAUUUGCCUAAGAAGGGAGGCGGCGAGGAAAAGAUGGGCGCAGAUCUUAAGAAGCGACCCGGUUUGGUUGACGAGGACCGAGGCGCCAAGGUCGCGCGGAAGCUUGAUUUCGGACAGAGGUAG